UAACAUUGGUCCCACAACAUAAAUAUGUGCAGCAGCUCCUCUGGUCUUCCUCUUUGACAAAGGAAGGCAACAUGAAGUUCAUUUGGCUGGUAGCAUUCUUGGGAGCAGCUGUUGCCUUCCCCAUCGAUGAUGAAGAUGAAGAUAAAAUUGUGGGCGGUUACACCUGCCAAAAGCAUUCCGUCCCCUAUCAGGUCUCUCUAUAUUCUGGAAUACAUAGAUGUGGUGGCACCAUCAUAAACAACCAAUGGAUUGUUUCAGCUGCUCACUGCAAUAGAUCCCGAAUCCAAGUGAGACUUGGGGAACAUAGUUUGACCAAAGAUGAUGGUUCCGAGCAGCACAUUGAUCCAAUCAAAAUCAUUCUCCAUCCCAAAUUCAACCGCAGAACUUUUGACAAUGACAUCAUGCUCAUCAAAUUAUCCAAACCAGCCAGUCUCAAUUCUCAUGUAUCAGCAAUCCGUCUACCAAGCAGCUGUCCAUCCACCGGAGCAAUAUGUUUAGUCUCUGGCUGGGGCAACAUUCUCAGCAGUGGCAAACAUAAUCCAGACCUCCUACAGUGCCUGAAUAUCCCUGUACUUUCUCAGAGUGAGUGCAUUGGCUCUUAUCCAGGAGCUAUCACCAACAAUAUGUUUUGUGCAGGAUACCUGGAAGGUGGGAAAGACUCUUGUCAGGGAGACUCUGGUGGCCCAGUUGUUUGCAAUGGAGAACUCCAAGGAAUUGUCUCUUGGGGCUAUGGAUGUGCUCAGAAAGGCAAACCUGGUGUCUACACUAAAGUUUGCAACUACAUUUCCUGGAUUGAGCAAACCCUCAGUUCCAACUGAUCUGCACUUCCUGUCUGGAAAUAUCCCUUUUCACAUAUGUAGCUGACAUUUCACAAAGAUUACAUCUGCAAGAAUAAAAACUAAGUUGUGCAAUGAC